AUGGUAUCUAGACAGGCACAAAGACGUUUGAACAAGGAAUACAAGGCUAUUACAGCCAACCCUCCGCCAUAUAUCAUAGCUAAGCCCAAUGAUGAGAACAUACUCGAGUGGCAUUAUGUGAUCACCGGCCCACCUAAGACACCCUACGAAAAUGGCCAAUAUCACGGUGUCCUCCGAUUCCCCCUGGACUAUCCGUUCAAGCCUCCAUCGAUUUCGAUUAUCACUCCUAAUGGACGUUUUUCCUGCAAUACUCGCCUUUGUUUGAGCAUGAGUGAUUACCAUCCGGACACAUGGAAUCCAACAUGGAGUGUGCUGACCAUUUUAACUGGCCUUUUGAGUUUUAUGACUGGAAAUGAACAGACAACGGGCUCCAUUAGCACUACCGAUUCCGUGAAGGUUAAGUUGGCGGCGGAGAGCAUCAAGUAUAAUACUUAUGAGAGUACCCGUUUUGCAGCCAUUUUUCCAGAGUUACUUGCGCAAAACAAAGCUGAUAUAUUGGCCGCUGAAGCAGAGAAACAGGAGCAGGCUCUUUUGAUGGCAAGUGCUUCCAAGCAAUCUUCUGGCGCCUUGGAGGCUGCAGACUUAGACCCCGAAGAUAGAGCACGCCUUCUAGUUCAGCAAGAAGAUGUUAAGCCCAGAAACUUCCCCAUUACCGUGGUGGGAGUAUUGUUAGCGGCAGUUUGUGCCCUUUAUGCUUACAUAUCAUGA